AUUUACGUAACCAGGUAGAAACUGUGAUCUGCAUUUAGAUCAACCUAAAAUUGACGGUUGCAAGGAUGGAUACUUUCAUGUUUUGGACUUCAUUUUUAAUCCUGAUAAAGAGUGUGACAACUAUAUGUCUGCCAUCGGAAGUUUACAUCCAAGAUAGCCAUCAACAACAAUGUUUGCCAACUUGUCCAGAGAGUUUAUAUAUGUUCAGACAAACAUGCAUGAAAGACUGCCCAAAUUAUGCCAAUAUUAAUGAAACAGCGCUGGGAAAAUUUUGCAUAGUGGAGCACGACUUUGAUUGUCAGCGAACGUCCUGUCCGGCAGAUCUCCCUUUAUGUUACAGAAUGAAUUGUCUAGAAAAGUGUCCGGAAUACACUGUCCGAUUCGAAAACAGUUGUAGAUUGGAAUGUCCAAUGUCACAUUCCUUCUUGGUGUCACAUGAUUGUGAGGGUCCGUGUUUUACUGGGAAUGCAACCUGUGUGAAGGGAUGUCCUGAUGAUCAUCCAUUUAUUUUUCCAACACCCCGAUCAACGCACUGCCUUGAAUAUUGUCCAAAUUACACAUAUGAGGAUCAAGAAAACAAAAAAUGUCAACUGAAAUGUCCAACAGAGAAACAAUUUCUUUUAAACAAAACUUGUUUUGACAGUUGUCCGGAAUCCCAUCCACUCAUACAAACUUUGACAUCAUAUUAUAAUACAAUUACCCUUUGUUCUGAAUCCUGUCCACAAGAUACCCUGAUGGAUGAAGGAUAUUGCGUUAACGCUUGUCCAGAUGGAAGGUAUGAAUACAACAACACAUGUGUGAGGGAGUGCCCAGAGUCACACCCUUUAAAGUAUCCAAAUGUCCGAGAAAAACCAACGACUGGGAGGGCAAAAUAUACAUGCGUUGAUUCAUGUAAUGUUAAAACUAAUUCCUACGUUUCAAACAAUCUGGAAUACAAAACUUACUGCGUUAGUUCAUGUCCACCGGGAUCAAACUUUGUCUUAAAUGGGUCGUGUGUUGAAUCAUGUCCCCUAUUUCAGCAAUAUAACAUCAUAUAUUAUGAAUAUGGCGAACAUAAACGCUGCAUUGAAAGAUGUCCUGAUUACACAGUUUUAUCAAACGGAACAAACUGUCGAGAUUCAUGCCUCCCAAAUGAAAAAUUUAAGUACAACAGGACAUGUCACCAGGAAUGUCCAAUGGAAGCAAAGUUUUAUUAUGUUAAACCUAGGUACGUAUACGUGUACCCUACCAUCGACAACUAUGACUGCAUUGUCAAAUGUCCGACAAAUUACCUCAUAAAUGGCAAUGAGUGCAUCAAAGAAUGUCCAUCUGAAACAAAAUAUGUCUUUAAUAAUACUUGCAAUGAAACAUGUCCAAUCGAGCACAAUUACAAACAACUCGAGGGAGGUCAUUAUAAAUGCAUUGAUGAAUGUAUGACAAAUUACCUCAUCAAUGGUAAUGAGUGCAUCAAAGAAUGUCCAUCUGAAAGAAAAUUUGUCUUCAAUAAUACUUGCAAUGAAACAUGCCCAAUCGAGCACAAUUACAAACACCUCGAGGGAGGUCACUAUAAAUGCAUUGACAAAUGUCCGUCUACAGCAUUUGUGCACAAUAAAUUCUUUUGCGUAUCCUCUUGUCCAGCUGACGCUCUUUACCAAGAAAACAAGACAUGUGUCGCUACCUGCCCGAGUGAACUAAGAUACAGAUAUAGUAAUUUCACAGUUAUUAGUGUUAAUUGGCAUUCUAAAAAGAACAUUUACCAUCAUUACUGUUUGGCAGAUUGUCCAACGAAAACAUUAUAUAAUCAAGAUGCGUGUGUGGGGGAAUGCCCGAAAGAAGCUAACUACUUAUUUAACAGAUCUUGUGAUAUUGGUUGUCCAGAAAUGGUUCGGUAUAGAAUAUUAACAGGAAAUCAUUUCACUUGUCUCGAUGAAUGUCCCUCAAAUGCCUAUAAAUACAAUACUUCUUUAUGUGUCUUGACGUGUCCCUUUGACAAAAAUUACGAACACAAUGGAACGUGUUAUCAGGAAUGUCCUGAACGUGAAGAUUUCAUCUACAGAGAUGGUUCCUAUUUUCGAUGCAUGAAUGAAUGCAAUCCCUUCUUCACAUUCAACAAGACAUGUUUGGAACACUGUCCAGAUGAAGCAAAAUUUCGAGACAAGGGAGAAUGUAUAGGCUAUUGUAACGACAAAGAACGAAUAUAUAUGUUUAGAAAUUUCACAGUGGGCACAGGCGGGGCAAAGAUAUACGACUAUUAUUGUCUUCAUACUUGUCCAGCAAAUACGUUUAUAUCCAAUUUAACGUGUGUUUCACAAUGUCCAAGCGAUACUUUACAAUUAGACAACAAGUGUGUAAAGUUUUGUCCAAAAGAGAGACCUCUGAAUUACACAACAAACAAAGGUAAAUACUUUUGUGUCCAUUCUUGUCCUUACAGAACGUUUAGAUUUCAGAGUGUCUGUUUUGAUCAAUGUCCGAGUUGGUUAAAAUACCAUCAAGGUACUUGCACACACGAAUGUCCAAAGUCUCAUCCAUACACUGAUAUUAGAUCCCAAAAAUGCUUAAGCGCAUGUGAAAAUAAUUUUGUUAUCACAGACAAUAACAUAUGCGAUAAAAAGUGUUCAACUGGGAAACAUUACAUUGAAAAAAAUUCAUGCGUGUUUUCUUGCAAAAAUCCACGCUCGUUACUACAAACAACGGAGCAAGGGUUAGUAUGUCAUGACCAAUGUCCACACCACCUUCUGUUGAUGGAAAACAAGGGAGCUUGUGUGAAAAAGUGUCCAGAGGAUAAACUGAUCGUGGGGAGUGUAUGUCGAGCUUUGUACAAAUGUCCGAAUCAUGCGUAUCUUGAACAUACGGACUUUGGCAGAAGGUGUACGAAUAAAUGUUCAUCAGGAUUUUAUUUAGACGGAACACAUUGCGUUAAAGAAUGUCCACCAGAGAAAGUAAUAUAUGACGCUGUCUGUGCAAACGAAUGUCCAACCACACAUCCGUUAAGAUACAAGGAGUUCGGAUCCUCCAACCCACGUUUAAUAUGUUACAGGCAAUGCCCAAGCGAUUACGUUGCCAACGGCUCGGUUUGCAUUGAACAAAGUACCUGUCAUUCAGAACACCAUUUCUCUUAUGAACACACUUGUUUUGAAACAUGUCCGUCAUUCACAGCAAUAUCGAAUGGUAAUUAUUGCGUUUCAUUGAGAGAUUACGUAAUUUACUUUAUAGUGCUCUUAUUCUUGACGGCGAUAUUGACAGUGAUAUUUUAUUUCUUGACUUGCUUCACUGGAAUAAAACCGAAGACUUUAACAAAGCGCACGUCAUCUGGAAUUAAAACACAUUUUCAGUUAAUCUCCAAAAGAACCCCAACACAGAAUAAUAAAAAUGGAAAAUAUGUAAUUAGAUAUUCAAAAGAAGAUAAUGAAGAAGCAGAGAUUAUUGAAAUAAAUCAUCAGAAUAUAGAGCAUGAUGGCGACGAAAUUGUUGAACUCAAUGAUGGAAUAGAGACUGCUACUACUUUUCGAAGACGCAAGGGAGGUCAUGAUGAAUGACUGGAUUUCAAAAUUUGUAUGCACGUUUCUUACAAACAGUUUUUUUUUUCUAACUAGCUGAGAGUUAACAUCACAUUUUGUUUAUUCUGUUAAGAAUUGGGGCAUGUAUUUUGUAUUGUAGUAAAGAAAAUAUUUUGACGAUUUACCUUUCUUAUAUUCACAUGAAUGCAAAUGUUUUCGAAGUUGGAGAUAUCUUAUAGUCUGUCCCAAGAUAUUUAUGCUGCAGGUUUGGACGAUUUUUUAUAAAAAUACACUUACCUGUGAAAGAAGUGCAAUUGAAAUAGUUAAAAGGGAUAUUUUCCAAGAUAAUUUCAUUGACACAUUAUCAUCUUUCACUCGGAAAAAUUCACAGGAACGAAAACAGAUUCCCUAUGGAGAUUUAUAAUGGGGAAUGUUUACAUCUUUUCUCCAUUCGGAAUACACUCGGAAUACAUCACGCAAUAUUUCAAUUUUAUCAUCCGGGCUUGCUGCAAUACAAAAUUUCCAUAGACAUCACAUUUUUUAGCAUUGUAUUGAAACCUGAUAAGCUAACAGGGGCGUUUUGACUGAGAAAUCUUGGAAAUUUUUCAUACUUUUCAAUGAACAUCGUUUGAAUCAUGAGGUAUUUAUAAAUAUCAAACAAUUAAGCCAAACGUGAAUCCAAAAUAUCUUGGGACAGAGUAUAGUAUUUUUCUUAUAUCAAAAUCGAAAGUCGUGAGAAAUGAAAUGUCUGUUUAAAAACUACCCCAAAAUAGAAUAAUCAUUUUUUUUCGCUUUAUCUUAUAAACAUUAUUUUAUAAAAGAAUAGAAUAAUAUGUAUGAGUGAACACCAUAAUUGAAUUACUAAAAUGUUGUAUAAUAUACAUGUACGUAUAUGAAAAGUAAGAUUAGGUCGAGAAUUUAUUGUACAGUGUUUAUAAGUGUUUGGAUUUGUUCGUUAUCCUAUUAUUGUUGUGGUGAUUGUUAUUGCUAUUUAUUAUCCUCGUUAAUUUAAACUAAUCAAAAUGAUACUAAUAGAUAUGGAAGCGAUCAUGUUGAUUAUGAAAAAUCUUCUUAGAUAAAGUAUAACAAUC